UGUGCCCUUGUGUCCCUAUCAUAUCACUGGCUCUGCUUCUUGGAUUUGUGCAUGAACAAUUCCACCCCCCCAAUGUCUGCUUCCAAUUCCAUCCACUCAUUGACCCAAACUUCACUUCCCUUCCCCACCCUUGCAAUUGCAAAUCCCCCUUCCUUCCUUGCAUCCUUCCUUCCUUCCUUCAACCUUUCCCACCACACACCAUCUUCCUCUCUCUCUUCAUCUCUGUCUCGAUCCAUGGACAACUCCAUUCCCAACAACUGUUGCACCACAGCAAUCAUUCUAGUGGCUCUACUUCUCUCCCUCAUGACUCCAGGAUCCCGCGCGGUCGAUGAUCUCGAGUUCCGGCCUGUGGCAGUAGAGUCGGAGCCCUGGGUCCUCGGGGAGCUCCCCCGGGAGGACGAGGCCGGGAGGCGGCGGCAUCUGGGCCCUUUCCAGCUUUGCCUCGCGUGCAAGUGCUGUGCGGCUGUCGCACCGACGCCCGUGUGCGUCACGAUGCCGUGCUGCUUCAGCAUCGACUGCCAGCUCCCGAACAAGCCCUUCGGGGUGUGCGCCUUCGUCCCCAAGUCCUGCAGCUGCACAUCCUGUGCCGUUUAGCAGCAUCAAUCACCACAUUGGUAUACAUACGCUCUUCCUGUGCUUGCUUCAGAAUCUGAACUAGAGAAGGAUGUCAAAUGCUUUGUUGGAAAUCUUUGCCUGGCCUUUGCUUUUGUUGAGGAUAUACUGAAAUUGGGGGACACUUUGUGAUUACGUCCGUGUAAUUUCUAUAUCAUUUAUUUUUUUUCAAUUGAUAUAGGCUGUACACAAUGUGCAUAGAAAUCAUUGGCUUAUAUAGCUACAUUAUUGUAAGUGUUGACAUUUCAUGGGACCUAGACCUAUGUAUUUACUUUCUAUUUCAAAAAAUAAUUUUCCGCCAA